AUGGACGUUGUGCUGGUAGUGGUGGCAUGCUUUGGGGAUGACGGCAUGGUGGUGAAGAGGCUGAGAAAGUCCUCCGUUCCCGAGGCAGAAUGCCACGUGUCAGUCACCGUGGCACUCUUGGGCUACAGCAGCGUGCCCCCCAGGACUCCUUUGGAGCGGCGUCUCCAGCUUUUGUCCGAUGGUGGAACCUGCCACCGCUUUCCGGGCCUCGUCUGUCGGGAGCGGGGCCUCUCGUGGAACACCAGCAACCCUGACUUCACCAAGUGCUUUCAGAACACCGUCCUGGUGUGGGUGCCUUGCUUUUACCUCUGGGCCUGCUUCCCCUUCUACUUCCUCUACCUUUCCCGCCAUGACCGGGGCUACAUUCAGAUGACGCAUCUCAACAAAGCCAAAACUGCCUUGGGGCUCCUGCUGUGGCUCGUCUGCUGGGCAGACCUCUUCUAUUCUUUCUGGGAAAGAAGUAGGGGCUUGUUCCCCGCCCCGGUGUUUCUGGUCAGCCCGACCCUCUUGGGCGUCACCAUGCUGCUUGCUACCUUUUUAAUUCAGCUUGAAAGGAGGAAGGGAGUCCAGUCUUCAGGGAUCAUGCUCACCUUCUGGCUCAUAGCCCUAGUGUGUGCCCUUGCCGUCUUGAGAUCCAAAAUCAUGACUGCCUUUAGAGAGGACGCCCAGGUCAGCGUGUUUCGAGACGUCACGUUCUAUAUCUACUUUUCCCUCGUGCUGGUACAGCUUGUGUUGUCCUGUCUCUCGGACCGCUCUCCUCUGUUCUCUGAGACCAUCAAUGACCCCAACCCUUGCCCGGAAUCCGGUGCCUCCUUCCUCUCCAGGAUCACCUUCUGGUGGAUCACAGGGAUGAUGAUCCAGGGCUACCGCCAGCCCCUGGAGAGCACUGACCUCUGGUCCCUGAACAAGGAGGACAAGUCAGAACAAGUCGUGCCCGUUUUGGUAAAGAACUGGAAGAAGGAAUGUGCCAAGUCCAGAAAGCAGCCGGUGAAGAUCGUGUACCCCUCCAAGGACCCCACCCAGACCAAAGGGAGCUCCAAGCUGGACGUGAGCGAGGAGGCCGAGGCUCUGAUCGUCAAGUCGCCCCAGAAGGAGCGGGACCCGUCGCUGUUCAAGGUGUUGUACCAGACCUUCGGGCCCUACUUCCUCAUGAGCUUCUUGUUCAAGGCCCUCCACGACCUGAUGAUGUUUGCGGGCCCGGCGCUCUUAAAGCUGCUCAUCAACUUCGUGACAGACAAGAGCGCCCCGGCCUGGCAGGGCUACUUCUACACGGCGCUGCUGUUCGUCAGCGCCUGCCUGCAGACCCUGGUGCUGCACCAGUACUUCCACAUCUGCUUCGUCAGCGGCAUGAGGGUCAAGACGGCCGUCAUCGGCGCCGUCUACCGCAAGGCCCUGGUGAUCACCAACUCAGCCAGGAAAACCUCCACCGUUGGGGAGAUUGUCAACCUCAUGUCAGUGGACGCCCAGAGGUUCAUGGACCUGGCCACGUACAUCAACAUGAUCUGGUCGGCCCCCUUGCAAGUCAUCCUGGCCCUCUACCUCCUGUGGCUGAACCUGGGCCCUUCCGUCCUGGCCGGGGUGGUGGUGAUGAUCCUGAUGGUCCCCCUCAAUGCCGUGAUGGCCAUGAAGACCAAGACUUACCAGGUGGCCCACAUGAAGAGCAAAGACAAUCGGAUCAAGCUGAUGAAUGAAAUUCUCAACGGGAUCAAAGUGCUGAAGCUGUACGCUUGGGAGCUGGCGUUCAAGGACAAGGUGCUGGAGAUCAGGCAGGAGGAGCUGAAGGCCCUCAGGAAGUCUGCCUACCUGGCAGCCGUGGGGACCUUCACCUGGGUCUGCACCCCUUUCCUGGUGGCCUUGUCCACGUUUGCCGUGUACGUGACCAUCGACAAGAACAACGUCCUGGAUGCCCAGAAAGCCUUUGUGUCCUUGGCCUUGUUCAACAUCCUCCGCUUUCCCCUGAACAUCCUCCCCAUGGUCAUCAGCAGCAUUGUGCAGGCGAGUGUCUCCCUCAAACGCCUCCGGAUCUUUCUCUCCCAUGAGGAGCUGGAGCCCGACAGCAUCGAGCGACGGUCCGUCAAAGAUGGCGGGGUCACGAACAGUGUCGUCGUGAAGAACGCCACCUUCACCUGGGCCAGGAGCGAGGCUCCCACGCUGAAUGGCAUCACCUUCUCCAUUCCGGAAGGUUCCUUGGUAGCCGUGGUGGGCCAGGUGGGCUGUGGCAAGUCAUCCCUGCUCUCCGCACUCUUAGCCGAGAUGGACAAGGUGGAGGGACACGUGGCUCUCAAGGGCUCCGUGGCCUACGUCCCCCAGAGGGCUGUGCUGCCCAGUUGCAAAUUAGAAAAUGGUGCUCAUCACACUGGUGAGCUGGGCAGGGCCUGGAUUUCAGUGCCCGCAGGCUGGAGCCGACCUCGACUGCUCGUGGCUUCAGCUGGCGUGAACCUGUCCGGGGGUCAGAAGCAGCGUGUGAGCCUGGCACGGGCCGUGUACUGCAACUCCGACGUCUACCUCUUCGACGACCCCCUCUCAGCGGUGGACGCCCACGUGGGGAAGCACAUAUUCGAGAACGUGAUCGGGCCCAAGGGGAUGCUGAAGAGCAAGACACGGCUCCUGGUCACUCACGGCAUCAGCUACCUGCCUCACGUGGACGUCAUCAUCGUCAUGAGCGGCGGCAAGAUCUCGGAGAUGGGCUCCUACCAGGAGCUGCUGGCGCGCGACGGGGCCUUCGCCGAGUUCCUGCGCACCUACGCCAGCGCCGAGCAGGAGCAGCAUCCGCAGGACACAGGUGGCAGAGUGGUGGACGAGGAGGAGGAAGCAGGCCCCAGCGCUCCAGGGAAGGAGGCGAAGCAGAUGGAGAAUGGCAUGCUGGUGACAGACACCUCCGGGAAGCAGCUGCAGAGACAGCUCAGCAACUCCUCCUCCUACAGCGGAGAUGUCAGCCGGCACCACAACAGCACGUCCGAGCUGCAGAAGGCCGGGGCCAAGGAGGAGGAGACCUGGAAGCUGAUGGAGGCGGACAAGGCCCAGACAGGCCAGGUCAAGCUGUCCGUGUACUGGGACUACAUGAAGGCCAUCGGACUCUUCAUCUCCUUCCUCAGCAUCUUCCUCUUCUUGUGCAACCACGUGGCCGCCCUGGCCUCCAACUACUGGCUCAGCCUCUGGACCGACGACCCCAUCGUCAACGGGACGCAGCAGCACACUCGAGUCCGGCUGGGCGUGUUCGGAGCCCUGGGCAUUUCGCAAGGUAUUGCGGUGUUUGGCUACUCCAUGGCGGUGUCCAUCGGGGGCAUCUUCGCCUCCCGCCGCCUGCACCUGGACCUGCUGCAGAAUGUGCUCUGCUCACCCAUGAGCUUCUUCGAGCGCACCCCCAGCGGGAACCUGGUGAACCGCUUCUCCAAGGAGAUGGACACGGUGGACUCGAUAAUCCCGCAGGUCAUCAAGAUGUUCAUGGGCUCUCUGUUCAACGUCAUUGGUGCCUGCAUCAUCAUCCUGCUGACCACGCCCAUGGCUGCCGUCGUCAUCCCCCCACUGGGUCUCAUCUACUUCUUCGUGCAGAGGUUCUACGUGGCCUCCUCCCGGCAGCUGAAGCGCCUCGAGUCGGUCAGCCGCUCCCCGGUUUACUCCCACUUCAACGAGACGCUGCUGGGGGUGAGCGUCAUCCGUGCCUUCGAGGAGCAGGAGCGCUUCAUCCGCCAGAGCGACCUGAAGGUGGACGAGAACCAGAAGGCCUAUUACCCCAGCAUCGUGGCCAACAGGUGGCUUGCGGUGCGGCUGGAAUGUGUGGGCAACUGCAUCGUCCUGUUUGCAGCCCUGUUUGCCGUGAUCUUCCGGGACAAUCUCAGUCCGGGCUUGGUGGGCCUCUCGGUGUCCUACUCUUUGCAGAUCACAUCCUACUUGAACUGGCUUGUUCGGAUGUCUUCUGAGAUGGAGACCAACAUCGUGGCGGUGGAGAGACUCAAGGAGUACUCAGAAACUGAGAAGGAGGCUCCAUGGCGCAACCAGGCGACGGCCCCCCCCAGCAACUGGCCCCAGGUGGGCCAGGUAGAAUUCCGGGACUACGGCCUGCGCUAUCGCGAGGACCUGGACUUGGUUCUCAAGCACAUCAACGUCACGAUUGAUGGUGGGGAGAAGGUUGGUAUCGUGGGCCGGACAGGAGCUGGGAAAUCCUCCCUGACGCUGGGCUUGUUCCGGAUCAACGAGUCUGCCCAAGGCGAGAUCAUCGUCGACAACGUCAACAUCGCCAAGAUUGGCCUGCAUGACCUCCGCUUCAAGAUCACCAUCAUCCCGCAGGACCCCGUCUUGUUUUCGGGUUCCCUCCGCAUGAACUUGGACCCGUUCGGCCAGUACUCGGAUGAAGAAGUCUGGACGUCGCUGGAGCUGGCUCACCUGAAGGACUUCGUGUCUACCCUCCCGGAUAAGCUGAACCACGAGUGUGCGGAAGGCGGGGAGAACCUGAGCGUCGGGCAGCGCCAGCUCGUGUGUCUGGCCCGGGCCCUGUUGAGGAAGACGAAGAUCCUGGUGUUGGACGAGGCCACGGCGGCGGUGGACCUGGAGACGGAUGACCUCAUCCAGUCCACCAUCCGGACACAGUUCGAAGGCUGCACAGUCCUCACCAUCGCUCACCGGCUCAACACCAUCAUGGACUACACAAGGGUGAUCGUCCUGGACAAAGGAGAAAUUCGGGAGUACGGCCCCCCCUCUGACCUCCUGCAGCGGAGAGGUCUCUUCUACAGCAUGGCCAAAGACGCUGGCUUGGUGUGAACCCCGGAGCUGGUGCAUCUGGUUGAAACCGCAGGGCCAGCACGCAGGCGUCCAGGCAUGACUCAGCCCCAGGCCACCCAGACCUCCAGUACAGAAACCGAAACCAAAAACCAAACACCAAAACACAACACAGCCACCAUCUGGUCCCCUGCCUUGAAUUAGCUGCAACAAGCAGCCCACUCAACCCCACCCCCGCCCGCAGUCGCUCCCACAAGCACACGUGUCCUCGUCUCCAGGGAGCUGUGCUGUGGCUCGGUGCUCUCGGAGAAGGGGUCGGCAGCCGACCUCCAGAGAAUCGGCUGCGUAAAAUAUCCCAGUGGCCAAAACCAGCCAACUGCCUCAGAUCUCUCCAGCCGAAGCCUUCGAGGCUCCCCAGCCCCGUCAGCACGUCUCCCUCUUUGUCUGACUCCCCAGGGCUCUUUCCCCGGGGUGCAGUUUGAGGUUUGAGGUGAGGCCUGGAGGAGCUCACCCUCCCUGGGCUGUGCCUGCAGGGUCACGGCAUGCCUCUUGCACCCACCUGUCUUCCGCUCGGACUCAAGAGCCCACGCCCCAGCUCCGCCUGCCCCUGGAGUGGCUGCCCGGGCCGGGCCAGCUACUCCGUGCUGCUCGUGGGCAGGCCUGGGCCGCACAGGGGGCUGGGCCGGAGCGGGGGCAGAGCCUCGCUCAUGACACCUGCCCACCCGCUCACCUCCCGGCCUGCGCCAGUCUUCCUCGCUGCCUCCCUGCCCCGUCCCCCACUGCUAGACUCGGUUUACGCCUCUGGGAGCUGAGUGAGAAGAGCUGCUGGUGGCCAUGGAGCGUCCAAAGCCAAAGACGCCGGUGCCUCCCGAGAACGGCCAGUCGCGCGGGGGAGAGCCUGUCGCCUCUUCUCACUUUUGGAUUUCGAUUCUCCCCCUUGGCAUCUGGUUCGCUGUCAAGGUGAUGGUGUGGAGAACUGGACGUUGAGUUACCGAGUGUCUUUCAGGACAAGCAGAGAACAAAGAACCCACUCAUGAAUACCAGUGAUUUUUUUUUUCCUUUCUCUCUUUUUACAUACUGCUCUAGGGAGAAAAAGUCUCCAGAUUUUACUUUCUUGGGAGGAAGUUUGGGGCAAAGAGCGUCGUUCCAGGGGACCGCCAAGUCAGCAGUGUCUGACCACUGGUGGGGUGUUCCCGGAAGCGAACCGGGGUCUCCUGGUCAGAGACAAAGUGAGACUGAAGGCAGAGCUCUCGCUGCUGCCCGGGACACUCGCCCGCUGUGAGCGACACAGGUCAGGGCCCGAGAGCGUCUUUUAGGUGGGAAUACAUAUUUAUUUUUUGUAAGUUAUACCAUUCUUUCACAUUAGGGAAACCAAGUUUUUCUUGGGGAUCUUUUUGUAAUGACUUACACUGGAAACGUGAACACUUGCAAAUAAUUUGCAGUAAAAGAAAAGUUCUAUUUCUU